ACCUUUCCACCGCCAGGCGAUCCGCGCGUCGAUGGGCGCCGUCUUCAAGGUGCCAUACACGUUCGCGCCGCACUGGCCCGAGGCGCUCUCGCAGGUCAAGGCUGGAGGGUACGGCUUGCUCGCCCUGCACCUUCAAGGCUCGGUCGAGCACACCGCCGCGCUCGGCGCAAACGGCGGGUUGGCCCCCUCCGCCGCGGCACCCGCGGCCGCCGGCCCGCCGCCACUCUGCGGCUUGCCGCUGGCGGUGGUGGUUGGGGCGGAGUAUGAGGGCGUCGGCGAGGCGGCGGCGCGGCUCGCUGACGAGCGCGUGCGCAUCGCGAUGGCGCCCGCGAUGGCGGUCGACUCGCUGCACGGGGUGGACUCGCUCAACGUCAACGUGGCGGCGGCCAUCGUGCUGGAGCGCAUCUUCGCCUUCAACCGCGCGGAGCACGAGGCGAGAGUCUGUGACCAACAGCGACGUCUGUCUUUGCUUGAUGUGUUGCAUUGGCUGGUGGGCAGCUCCACACAGCACACUCUCGAGAUCGUGGGUCCUGUGUGAGGUGUUAGUGAAGUGGCCGACGAGGCACGAGCGA